CUACCUACAUUUGUCAUAAGAGAUGUAGUCAUUCAAAAGUUACAAGCAAUUCAUGCGUGGUGAAAAACACACUUUAAUACUAACCCCAUAACAAGGUUAUAUCGUAUAGCUACCUGUAAUGAAAGAAAUAGGCCGGAUGGAUUUGCUUAAGGGAUUUUUGUAUGCCCUAGGGAUUCUUAGUGCUGUUUCAUCUGUAAAUGGAUCCUUCUGCUCAAAGGCGAAUCGGACCCAGAACUUGGCAAAAUGUUUAGAAAAGACCAGAGAAAUAAUGCUCGAACCCAACAAGUUCUGGUUUGGUAACCAGUAUGCUAAUCAAUGUCCACUCGGUGAGGACAGCGGGGUAUUUUGUAGGAAUCCCAAACCGACGAUGACGAGUAUUCAUCAGCGAUUAUUUCCUGCUUUGGAGCACACCGACGGACUUGACAGAUUUCUGGAAUUAGAGUUUCAUUCUGAAGGAAAGAACUACGAAGCCUGUGGGAACAAAUUUAGAACAACAGAAUCGUGGAAAUAUGACGUGGAUCCCACCUCUGACACGGUUGUCUACCCCUGGUAUGUGAAAAACUUCCCUAUUUCCGUCAACUGGAACUACACCGCGGGGGAAUAUUACACGCUGAUGGUAUAUGACGCAGGGUAUUUGACGUGCAAUGGUUUAUACAUCAAUAUACCACAAGAUGACUUCCAGUCCGCUGAGGUGAUUCGACACUACGGACAACCGCUGAUUGGCACGAACAUCAAAAACCCCUACCUAUUUUUGUUGUUCAAGCAAAAUGACGAAAUCACUCUUUCUGAUGACUGGAAAAAUAAAAUCAGACAGGAAAAUACGGCCGGUGCAUGGACCAUUGAAGAAUUUACCACGGCUGUGAACAUGAGCGGUCUUGUGGCAGUAAACUUGAUUGUGGUAACUGGUGACGAAUGGAUUGCACAGACUAUGAUGGACAGGGGCGGUCCGUAUGCUCUGUGCCCACUCUAUGCAACGGAAGCUUUGCAUAAGAAGCCAAGAACAUUUAUUCCAAAUGAUGCACAGCUUUCUGUAUGGAUAGAUUUUGAUUUCAUGAACCCUUCAAGCCACACAAUAACAGCGUGUUGCAAGGAGACCACAUACCCGGCAAGAAACUUCACAUUAAACCCUCUUGGCACUGAUGUUCUAAACACUUGGGACGUCCGAACUGACGCUCCACAUACACUCAAAUUUACAAAACUUGGCUACUAUUCCCAGCGUCACAAUUUCACAGGAGACAUGCAUACCGUGAUAUCCGUGGAUCCAGAUGUUCCUAUUCCGGCAUUUGGCACUGAAGAACUACCGAUUCUGCACGGGAUCGUCACAAACAUCGUUGAUGGAAACCUGAAAGGAGGUGAGGAAGGACUGACAUGGACUGGACCACGCCCACCAAACGACGUCCCACACUAUUACUACACGCUGCUGUACAAACAGCAAGCAGAAAUAAACGCUACAGAAUUGAGGUACAAGUACGCUGGAAACUGCAGUGGUAGACUUGAAGGAAGAUGCUUAUACGACAUCAGCCGCGCAGUAAGUGAAAACAAUCUGACUCUUGUUGGCGCCACAUGGUUUUUGGCACAAAAAGAUGCAUAUGUUCUACAGCGUCUGGCGGAAACGCCCGGAAGUAACGAGGCGGAAGUUUGUAAAGGCCAACCUGGAUAUAGUAACCCCUGCACUACAGAUUCCAGCACAGCUGUGUUUCCAUCGAUUAUCAGUGUUUGCAUAUUAUUUUUGUUAUCGUUAUUGACAUUUUAGAGAUAUCAGUUUCAAAAUUUCGUUCUUUUUACUAUUUCUAAUAAGGUCUAUUUUCAUGAGGAAAUAGAACUAACUUUUUUCUAACAUGGAGUUGUCGUUCUUAUAUUUUGCAUCCGGACGUGAAUUUAAGGAACAACAACUCUUUGAAUCUUUGAAAGAAACUGAUCAAUUUCUAGGAUGGCUGCUUUCCUUUUCAGUGGCAUUCAGUUUGAAGCCUGCUUAGUGUUAAUUUUGAAAACAAAUCUUGUUACACUAUAAAACAGAAAUCCAUUACUACAUAUACAUACUGUGACUUUCGUUCGUUCUGAAAAAACUAUAUAUCCUUGCACUAUACUACAAAUUAUUGAGUAGAUAUAGCAAAUUUUGUCAUAUAAAUAUGCUUUGAUAUUUUAAUAAGAAUACUUUAUGUUCCUUGCAAACAUGUAGUGACAUAAGAAAGAAACAUUUCGGUAAAUAUAUAACAUGGAUUUAUUUAGGGAAGUAAUAUCUUAAGGUGUAUUGUUCAAAUAUGUUUUGCCAAAAAUGUUAAAAUUGCAAUGUGAUUUCAAUUUCGUUGAUAUGCUCAAAUUAUUUAGGUAGUGGACCUGUAUUGAUAAUCGGCAGAUAACGUAAUCUCCGUAAACUGUUUUGACAUGGCACCGAUUUUUACCAAAAAUCAUUAUUGAGCCGCGCCAUGAGAAAACCAACAUAGUGGCCUUGCGACCAGCAUCCGCGCGGUCUGGUCAGGAUCCAUAAUGUUCGCUUUAAAAGCCUAUUGCAAUUACAGAAACCGUUAACGAACAGCAUGGAUCCUGACCAGACUGCGCAGAUGCGCAGGUGGGUCUGGAUCCAUGCUGGUCGCAAAACCACUAUGUUGGUUUUCCUAUGGCGCGGCUCAUAUGCGCGUUGAGCUUUAUUUACAUCCCGAAAAUGCCGAACUGCCUAACAAGAAUACGUAAUCACACGGAAACUACCGAGGGCCAUUUCGGGUCCACUACCAUGAUUAGAUAAAAUUAAAAUUUGAAAUAACUUUCAGAUACUAACUUCAUAUAUAUUUUUAUAUGUAUAACAAUGUUUUAUAUAUGUACAUGUACAGUGGAACCUCCCUAAUCCGAACCCCUCUAAUCCGAAAACCUCUCUAAACUAAACGUAUUAUUUGGUCCCAUUUUUUUCUUAAUCAUUUUCUAUUGUAAAAAUAUUAGACAUGUUCCACUGUAUAACGAGCUGUUGUGCACAUUAUUGUAUACAGAUGUGCUGGGCCUUUUUUCAUCACAAGCCAUGUAAAGUGUAAGAAAUAUUCGUAACAUAUGUCACAUUUCAAUAAAUGGCAUAUAUGUUUGGUCAUUUCGGUGUGGUUGGACUAUGAAGCGCAUAAUUCACAUCUGUUGUUGACAGUCUUAAAUACAAAGAAUACAGGUGCGAUGUUUAACUAAUCAAAAACGAAAAAGGAAACAAAUUCAAAAUAUAGUAUAGCAUUUCAUUAUUGACUGACCCAAAAAUUAUGCCGAAUGUCUAUGCUAUAUACACUUAAGACGUGUUGAAUGAAAACUUACAAUGAAAUAAUGCAGUUUUCGUAACUGCUUAAUUUUAGCAUGUAAUUUUAUUGUCAUAAUACUGAGCGAUGCAUUGACGAAAAUAAUUGAUUCAGAUUCUUAGUUUUGCCGUUUACUUUGUAGUAGUGCCAACUUCAAAUAGGUAAAAAACAUUUAAAAUAACUUAUACAAAUGUACAAAUGAUCCUUAAGAUAGAAAAGCCCCGGAUCCAGGACCGGGCCGAUGGAGCUCAUACCCUACCCCAAGUUGGCUGAGAAGUGACCUAUAUACUCACCAAUGAUGCACUCUACUAUUUUGGCAAAGGAAUUAUACUGAUCCCCUCCCCCAUCAAAAGGGUAAUACCCCUCUAUUACAUCAAAAGUAGGGCCUAAAAUGCACAAGAGGCCGAAAUAUCAUGCCUGUAUUUCAAAACUUUUCAAGGGGGAGCCGGAAUCGCCUGUCCCGUCGUCCGUCCCACAAGGCCGUCGCCUCGAGACCACCAUUUCAUAACUGUAUAACAACAAUUUCCAGGGGGAAAAAGAAGACCCGCUUAGAUGGAUAGAGGCCUCUCGGCGCUAUAUAUACGCUACGGCAAUGACGUUUUCGUUCUAGACUGGUGCCCCCCACCCCAAGUCAAAUAUUUCUGGAUCCGGGCAUGAAAAGACACAUUCCUUCAGAAAUUUGUUCUGUUUUAUGUGGUGCCCAUUAAACACAUAAAUUAAGAAAUGUAUUAGUACUUAUAUGUAUCGAUACAAUAUAGUCCGGAUAUGAAAUGUAGUCAAUAUUAUCUUGUAAUAAAAUGAUAUUCAUUAUCUUAACAAUCUAUUUAAACUAUAUUGUAUUAUGUGUUUUUCUGCGAGAUGUUGGUAAAUUUUUUAUGCUGUCCGAGUUGUUUAUAAAUGGAUUCGCCAAAUCAUUCGGUACGGUUUAGAAUAGAUGCGAUGCGCUUCCCCUGUGUUAAACACUGGCCCGCAACUCUUAUGAGCUUUUAUUAGUAUUGUAUUAAACGAAUUCUAUCUAUUCAUUUGUAUCUUUAAUUAUUAAAAAAAACUAUAUAUUGUUAUGCUCAAAUAAAUAUUAAACCAGUU